CGUCGAUAAUAAUCGUUGGAGAAGUUAUUCGUUCGUUUUUUUAGGUUAAAACACGAGAUUAUGGGGAACAAGGAUAAAACGUCGGUGUGGUUGGACUUGAACAGCUGUUUGAUUCCGAGUGGCUAUGAUGCUGGUCUGAUCGUUCCGGGUAUCAAAAAGAUGUUGGAGGAUUUAGGCCAUCAUGGUCCUGUCACCAUCACUGCCACUGGCGACCUAAAAAAUAUCCCUGAACACGUCCUGCGAGCUCUCUUUUCCAGUGGAAUCAAUGUUACAUACGUCCCAAAGGGUAUCAAAAGCCUUUUUCAGUGCAUGCUUGAGUGGAAAAGUAGUAAUCCACCUCCAGCUACAAUAAUGAUCAUAGCCUCUAUCUAUCAUUUACAUAACAUGUGUGUGGCCACAAGAGACGAUGAAGUAGAUAAAGCAUACAACUUUGUCGAGGUAUAUGCACGUCCUCAUUUCCAGCCUUCAGGCCUGCACACUCGUGCAGGGUUAUUCUGGGAAAAUAUACUUUUUGAUAAUAAACAGGAGCCAAGAAGUCACUUUCUCCUGGAGAAGUGCAGUGAAACAAGCGUAACAAUGGAUGAGAAUCUGCCUGGUUUUUUUGCAAACGCUGCAAAUUUUCCUGCCAAAGCGUUGAAAGUUUCACCACACAUCUCUCUUGUGAAGAACAUGCACCCAGGGGGUUAGGUAGUGUUGCUGGGAAUAGAAGAAAAGACGUGAAGAUGAUUGGAGGUGGGACUUCUCUUGAUUCUCAUCCCAAUACUUUGGUUGAUUUCAGAAAAUCGAAGAAAAUAAUGAAGAAGAUGAAGAAGAAGUCGAAGAAGAGGAGUACCAAAUGAGCAUAAACCAAGAAGAAGAAUAGCACGUACGUGACACAUGCAUGGGGUGUUGUUCUUCUCUUGGGUUUACUUAUGGGGUACUGGUUCUAUAAUUUUAAUGUAUUUGAAAAUAUCCAAACAAAAAUACUCUCAGACUUGA